AUGCAAAAAUUCUUCAACCAUCAACGGGGUGAGCCUUCUCAACACCACCCAGCUCCAGUCCAAGGCAAUGAGAACGGCAGGCGCAAACAAAAUGGCGCUCUCUCCAGGACUGUGCGUGGACACCUCGUCGCCAUGUCUGGAGAAUUCGUUGGCACCACUAUGUUCCUCUUUUUUGGCUUCGGUGGUACUCAAAUCGCCAACACUCUGACUCCUGCUUCGGCGCCGGAUCUGCAACAGCUGCUCUUUAUUAGCCUUUCAUUCGGUUUUUCCCUCGCUGUCACUACGUGGGUGUUCUACAGGAUCAGCGGCGGACUGUUCAACCCUGCUGUAACGCUCGGAAUGAUGAUAUCCAAUACCCUCCCUUGGACCCGUGGACUCCUACUCGUCCCAGCCCAGAUGCUCGGCGGUCUUGUUGCAGCUGGACUCGUCUCCUGCAUGUUUCCAGGCCCACUAGCAGUGAACACGACCCUUAGCCACAGCACCUCCAUAGCUCAAGGCCUCUUCAUCGAGAUGUUCCUGACCGCAGAACUGGUCUUGACCGUUUUGUUCUUGGCGGCAGAGAAGAGCAAGGCAACAUUCUUGGCGCCAGUGGCCAUUGGGCUAGCGCUUUUCGUUGCUGAACUUACGGGGGUAUACUUUACCGGCGGAUCCCUAAACCCCACCCGAUCAUUUGGCCCCUGCGCAGUAAAUCGCAACUUCCCGGGAUAUCACUGGAUAUACUGGCUUGGACCAGCCUUCGGUGCCAUCCUUGCUGCAGGAUACUAUAGAUUUGCAAAGCACUACAAUUACGAGGAGGCGAAUCCGGGCCAAGAUGCCUCACAUCCAUCGGAAGUCGACCCUGAGCAGGGUGAAUGA